AUGAGGUUCUCCAUCGCCAGUGCCGUCGCCUUCGCUGCCCCGCUGGCCCUCGCCGCUGACUCUCUCAAUUAUACGGGAGCCGCCGCGGGGCAGGUCAUCAAGGACGGCAUCGAGCUGCGCAUCCUGCCCGUCGGCGACUCUGUCACCGUGGGGUAUCUCAGCACCGAUGGGAAUGGCUACAGAUUGAAAUUGCAAGAAAAUCUGUCCGCUAAUGACGUCGUCUUCGCCGGAACUGAAUCCUCUGGCAACAUGACUGAUCCGUACUUUGCUGCUUGGUCUGGAAAAACGAUCCAGUACAUUGCGGAUAACGUCCCUCCAUCCCUGACGCAGCGCCCAAACGUCAUUCUGCUCCACGCCGGCACCAAUGACAUGAACCCGAACCCUGACAUCUCCACCGAAGGCAACGACCCUGCCGCCGCCGCCGCACGGCUCGGAGCCCUGAUCGACCAGAUGCUCGAGGCCUGCCCGGAUGCCACCGUUCUUGUCGCGCAGAUCAUCAACACCUGCGUUGCAGAACAGCGGCCCCAGACCGAGGUCUUCCAGGGACUUAUCCCGGAUAUUGUGGAGCAGCGACAAAAUGCUAGCAAGCACGUUCUUGCUGUUGAUUUCGCGGCGCUCGGCGACGGUAUCCUACGUUCCGACUGCAUACAUCCCUCAGAUGAGGGAUAUCGCACCAUGGGAGACUAUUGGUACGACUUCAUCACGCAGAUCCCCAAGGAUUGGAUCACUCAGCCGGUCGGAGACGACCCUGACAGAUCCGCCGAUGCUGCGUCAGCCAAGAACGUCACAAGCUCUAGCGGCGCCAAUGCCAUUUUCAGGGAGAACUGGAUGCUUAUCUUAAUAGCUCAAGCAUUGUUCACUAUAAACGUAAUAUAUAAUUGA